GAAGCUGGACCCCGCCGUGGCUGACAGGGCCACCCCAUCCCGAGGCCAGUGGCUGCUCCGGGGGUAAACAGGAAGCCCCAUCUCUCCUCUCCUCUCCUCUGCGCUCUGCUCUCUCCUUCCUGCAGCCCAGCUCACACGCCUCGCCUGGCGCCCCUCUGCCUCAAGCCGCCCGAGAUGCCUAUGCCGGCCUCCGCUGGGGGCUCGGUCUACCUUCUCCGGGGGCUGCAGAGACCAAAAGCUCAGUGGUGAGGGGUCCCAAGAGACCCUGGCUGACCUCUGCCACGCCCCACUGCCUGGCCGGCACGCUCAGGGAAGACCCCAGCACGAGGGGAGCACCGGCAGCCCCCACCCCCCGAAGAGCAGCUGCCACCCGCGCCAGGGGGGUGACGGGGCCCCUCCUGCAGGCCCCCGUCAGGAGAAGGCUGACCCGCUGGGAAACGCAGGCCAUGUGUGACUCCAGGGAGCUGCUUCUGGUGUGGCUCCUGGUGCUGGCAGUGGGUGGCACUGAGCACGUCUUCCGGCCUGGCCGCAGGGUGUGCACUGUCGGGGCUCCCAGGGGCCCCGAGUCCGAGUCAUUUGUGCAGCGAGUGUACCAGCCCUACCUCACCACCUGUGACGGGCACCGAGCCUGCAGCACCUACCGUACCGUCUACAGGACUGCCUACCGCCGCAGCCCCAGCCCGGCCUCCACCAGGCCUCGCUACGCCUGCUGCCCCGGCUGGAAGAGGAGCAGCGGGCUCCCCAGGGCCUGUGGAGCAGCAAUAUGCCAGCCCCCGUGCCAGAACGGAGGGAGCUGUGUCCGGCCGGGCCUCUGCCACUGCCCUGCAGGGUGGCACGGCGACACCUGCCAGACAGACGUGGAUGAAUGCAGUGCCGGCCGGGGCCCCUGCCCUCAGCGCUGCAUCAACACCGCGGGCAGCUACUGGUGCCUGUGUCAGGAGGGGCACAGCCCGUCCGCGGAUGGUGCGCUCUGCCUGCCCAAGAGAGGGACCCCCAGGGUAGCCCCGAACCCCACAACAGGAACCAACCACGCGGUAGAGGAGGAGGUGCAGAGGCUUCGGUCGAGGGUGGACGUGCUGGAGCAGAAGCUGCAGCUGGUGCUGGCCCCGCUGCAUAGCUUGGCCUCGAGGGCCCUGGAGCACGGGCUCCCCGACCCCGGCAGCCUCCUGGCCCACUCCUUCCAGCAGCUGGACCGCAUCGACUCUCUGAGUGAGCAGAUCUCCUUCCUGGAGGAGCAGCUGGGCUCCUGUUCCUGCAAGAAGGAGCUGUGACAGGUCCCCAGCCUGCCGCCACGGUGCGGGGUGGGGCGGGAGGGGUCCUCCUGGUUAGGAAUCUAGCUCCCGCCCGGCCAGCACUCCUGCACCCCCACCAGGGGCCCGUGGCCGAGGGAAGGUACGAGGGUCUCGGUCUCUGGGCGCCUCUGACCUGUGUCAGAAUAAAAUGAAGGUUCAGGA